CCUUCUCCCGACUUCCUGCCCAAACCGUCAGAAUCAGCUGCCCCUCAGAAGCAGCGUACGAGUCUCCAGCACCAUGAACACCCAGGCUGGAAUGCAAGACAGCCUGGAGACUUACUUCGAGAGGAGUGUGGAAAUUGAGAUAACCAACGAAUCACGGGAUGUGACCCUCCAUUCCCCCAGGAGUUACUGCUUCAGCGGCCACAGCCUCCUGCCUCCUUCCCCCCGAAUCCUGCCAGGAUCCAAGGAGAGCUGUCUGUUCACAAAGGGACGGUACAGCUUUCGUGGGAGCGUGGGGCUGCUGGUGUACAACUCAGAUGCCUUCACCCUUGCCAUCAUGUUCUCCAACCCCUUUGACUACAACCUCCACUAUGUUGAGUUUGGCCUCGAGAUCUGCCUAGGCAAAGAGCACCUUGGUGACAUGGAGGAAGUCUAUGCAAGGAUGUACAAUGAUAUGCCUGCCAACAGCUGCACAACGUUCAAGAAAGCCAAGCUGGGCCAAUGCCAGGAAGCGCUUGUGGUCUCCGCAGGGAAUAUCCGUGUCAUGGCCACCAUGUCCAAUGCUGCCAAAGCAGUCAUUAAAGUGCUUGUAGAGGAAAAAGGAAACCCACCUCCCUACUCAAAGAACCGAUUUACUACAAGACACACUCCUAGAGUAAGGACUGCUGCUACGACUGACAUCCAGCCUAAGACAUGAAAUGACUCCGCAUGGGCCCGAUCUACAGGCAGAAAUAACCCCCUACUGCGUAGACACCAGCUAGUGCAGGAACCUGCCUAGGGACAGAACUGGCCCUCACUUGGAAAGAGCAUAGACACUGCAAGAGGUGUCUAAGGCCAGAAGGGGCCACUGUGAUCAAUUAGUCAUAUAUCCUGUAUAAUACAGUCCAGAAAACUCCUGUGAUCAAUUAGUCAUAUAUCCUGUAUAAUACAGUCCAGAAAACUCCCCCCAGAUAAUUCCUUUUGAACUAGA